AUUAAUCUAUCAUUGUGUUAUUGUUAUAUAUAAUGUAUGUGUUCACACACAAUACAGGUAAGGUGUUAUGCAAAUGAGCCAAGAGGUGAAUGCUGAUUGGUUGUUCCAGAAGGAACGUGGCUCGGCGACAACCCUGCACGUCAACAUCACCUUGUCAAACUAGAAGGCAGUAUGUGUUGCACAACAGGAAGUGAGUUUGAAAGUCAAGCGGAAGUAGCGCGCUCACACCGGCGUGAAUGUAACCUGACUUCGUCGCUAUUGUGAAGUUUAAAGCAGGUAAACACCACACAAACACUUUGUAAAUACUCCACUUAAAGUACUAUUUGACACCUGUGGCCUCAGCCGCUCGCCAGUCUUCACAGGUAAACAUGGCGCCAUGCAUGGUGGACAUGAUGAUGAUGUUGAUGAUGUUGAUGGUCGUCUUCAUCUGCUGCUGCCAGGCGAAGCGGGACCAAACGCUCUACUGCUCAGCAUGCCGUGCGGUUGUGGAUGAAUUAAAGCACUCCAUCAGCCAAGUGGACCCCAAGAAGACCAUCAACGUUGGCAGCUUCAGACUCCAGCCAGAUGGAUCCAUGACGGACAAGAAGAUGCAGUCAAGAUCGAAGAACUCGGACAACAGAGACUCUUACCAGGAGGACUUUGACUUCGUUAACAGACGCCGAUGCAAU